AUGUCAGAAACGCCGCAGCAGGGGAACAAAAUUGACACACAGGACUUUAAAGCUCCCUCAGUGAUUGGAGGUGGAUCUCUGCUCUUGGAAGUUAGGGGGGAAUUCACUGUGCCAAAUGUGAACUCGAAGGAGGAGUUAAGGGAGCUGCUCUCGCUUAGAAAGUGCUCGCUGGAUCUUCGAAAUACUGAGAUUCGCAUGAGCGACGAAGUUCGCAAAGAGGUUUGCGAGGCAUUAGGAGUGAAGGAGAACGUAGGAGAGGAUACCCUUAGGUCCUGCAUACUUCUGAAUGGCUGCAUCACGAAGGCCCCUGCUGGAACCAACGAGCUUGUCCGCUGCUUUCUACGCAGAGGCACAAGGGAACAGCAUUUUAGUUUGGUCAGGGAGCUGGCUAGACGACGCAGAGCCGAAUUGGAGAAGGGUGUAAGGAGAGUUGCAGAUGGGCCUCGAACUAAGACGACGAAAAACUUGGCUGAUCAUCACUCUGAUUAUCAUUCUGCCGACGCUGCCUCCUUGCACGCUGCCGAUAACAGGAAUAUCGAAAAUGGCGGAGAUACAAGAACUGCCUCCAGGGGUAUGUUAGCGGCAUCGGACACUGCUGCCCAUGUGGAAGAAGCGGCAGGAGACGGGGCGAAGCCUGGCCGAACCAACAAAGCAGCAGGUGGCCGAAGUGCUCAGAAAGGGGGUAGCCUUUUACCGCAACCACAUGAAGAACUCUACACGUUCCGAUCGGCAACAACGGCAUCCGAGUUGGGAACUUCAAGGAGGACGGAAGUAGAUGCGUUGAGAUGA